GGCAGCGCGUGCCGCGCCCGUCGCCGGCCACAGCGAGGAGAUGCUGAGCUGCAUCACCAGGAGCGUGACGUCCAUCGCUCAGCGCAAGCGUCACCACUCGAACCCGACCGGCGCCGCGGACGCCGCGCCGCCGCUGGCGUGCGAUGACCUGCGACGGGGGACGGCCGCGUACCCGACAGACGGCCGGGAGCUGGCGAGGCAGCUGCUGAAUCAGGGUCCGCGGUACUUGUAUGCCGGCGCCGAAUCGCGUCAGGACGCGGUGCCAGAUGGUGCGGCAUCGCUUGGAGCUGCCACAUCGCCGUUGCAGACCGCUGCCCCAAACACCGGAACUUUUUCUGGCUCUAGCUCCACUGCUGGGAAAUCGUUCAGCAACAUAUUCUACCAGGUUGCCAACCUGACGCCGAAGGGUCAGCACCAUGACGUGUCCAGCGUCCCUUUCGUGACCACGGAGCAGCUCGUUUCUGUCGGACCGGAGACGCCAUUCGCGUAUGAUUCACUGCGCAAGGCGACGCCGCUAGCCCAGCCGGUGCAAAUCACGGAUCAGAUGCAGAGCUCGGUGGGAAUCGGCUCACACCUCAGCGGAGAAACAUCCACUUCAGGCUUUCCAAUCGCAGGCAAACUCGGCCCAUCGAACAGCAAAGCUGUGGAAACCGUUCCAACAACGCUACGGCCAUGCGUCGUACCGAGCUCCUUCUGCUCGGCGGCCGUGCCGGGGCCGCCGUCCGGCGCCCGAGGGAGCCAGGCCUGGCAGGGGCGGCGGCGCGGCUCGGACCCUCCGGCCACGCCUGCGCUCACCGGCAGUCAGUCCUUCCCCCGGCGCUCCUCCAUCACCAAGCUGGCGCAGCGGUUCGAGGGCCGGCCGAUGACGCCUCAUGCCGCGCCGGACCCGCUCGGCUCCUGGCCCGCCGCGGGUCAGGCUCCCUCCAGCGGGACGGCAGCCAAGCCGGCCAGGCCCGCCUGGCAGCUGAUGUCUGCAGACGACGAUGCGCGCCUCAGCGAGGCCCUGGCCCCGCCGGCUGUCGCUGCAGACUCAGGGCUGAGCACGGCCGCCGCUCCCCCACAGCGCCGGGUGAGGCACGCCUCCUGGACCGGUGGCGGGACGGCGCAGCCGCGCGUCAUCGUGCACAAGAUCAGCCUUGAGGCCACGCCGCCGCCGGGGCCGUCCAGUGACCUGAAAAACGAGACGGUACAUGCCGCAAAGUCGAUGACGACAGAGGCGGCCCGAGAAGAUAGAAAACUGGAUGUGGACCGAACAUUGACGGUUCAAGAUACGCUUCGUGACGCUCGCCUGGAAAACGUUCAGGCACCCGUGGAAGCUUCAGGCAAUGAUAAGUCGUCCCCGCCCACACUAGAGUUCCCGCCUCCUCCACCCCCACCGCCGCCGCCCCCGCCUCCACCCCCGCCGCCGCCGCCUCCGCCAGGGCCGAACGGCAGCGAGCUGCCGAAGCUGCUGAUCCCGCUGACGGACACGGCGGCCGAGCUGGACGGCGAGGGGGCCCGUUCGCCGCGCCAGUACACGGGCGUGCGUCUGGCGGCCGUCACCGACGCCAUCCUGCAGGACCGCAUCGCCAGCCUCAGCCCCGUGGCGCCAGACAAGACGGCCGCCGAGCCCGGACAGCAGGGGCCGAGCUCGCCGCAGUCGGGUGUCGGGAGUGGCGCCGACAGGUCAGAGUCGCAGCAUGCGGCCAGCGCCGGAGACCGGGCGGACCGGCGGGCACGCGGGGCUGAUGCCCCGGCCGGCGGGCUGCACAAAUCCAAGUCCGCCGGGCAGGCGGCGGGAAGGGUUUCUGCGAUGGCCGACAGAUGGAACCCGAAUAGGUGUGACGGAGCAUGUCCCGCGACGGAGGUCAUGUCGUCAGCUGCAAAGGGCGCCCCAGGGCAAGAUAAAGCUCGGCCGGCUCACGGCGGCGCGCACCCGCUGGCUAGGCAGUGGAGUCAGCAGGCGGUGUCUGUGGACGAGUCGAGGACGAUACCGGUGGCCUUCCUCCGACGGGGCACGUCGCCCGCGACGACUGCCUCCAGCGCCGGAACGGACUGUCGCGAGCCCUCGAGAGUGGUUGAGGUUCGGCGAGACACGGCGCCCGAACAAACCGAGAGAAGGGGCGCUGGAAACGAACGGGCACCCCAGCCUGCGGUCUCUCUUCAGGGAACAAGCUCGCAGACGACGGCACCAUCGACGUCAGGUCCCUCGGCGCAGGCAUACGCCCGACAUGCGGUGCUGUCUCCGACCAGAACGCUUCCGCUUCAACAGGAGGCCGUGGAGUCUAAACACCCAGCCCGAAGUCACCUGAAAGGGUCAGAGGCUUUCAUCACUCGGCAGCCUGGUGGGAUGACCAAGGUCUGCGGGAAUGAUGGACAGCAGACCCACAUGUUGGACAAGAAGGGGGAGGAGCUGCAGGCGCAGAAAAAAUCUGGACAACAGCAGCAACUUCAAAUGCAGCAGCAGUCUAAGCAGAGACAGCGACUGCAAGAUCACCAGCAGACCGGGCAGCAGCAGCAACAGCAGCAGCAGGAGCAAAGUGCACCGGUUAUUCAAACUGUAGCAAGAAAUGCGCAGAUGUUUGGUGAGUUAUCGCCGGUGGUACUCAAGCGUGGCACAUCAGUUGACAAGGUCAGAGCUGGUCAGGAGGAGCCAUCCCAGCCGGUGUCAGCAGAUCAGCACGACUUCUUCACACGACAGCACUCUGCCGAGCCCCACCCGCCUGUGGGAAGUCAGCAGCAGCAGACAGCACGGUCGUUCCUGCCUGCUUCGUCAGUGCGAGAGCAGCUUCCGCCAACAUCCCUGGCAGGUGUUCAGAAUCCGAUGUCCCACACAGCACCGCAUGCUCCGCCGUCGGGGGUAACGUGUCCUGUGCGCCGCGAGGUGCACGCAGAGCACCAGCAGUCGAGGAGCUCCGCAGAGCACCAGCAGUCGGGGAGCUCCGCAGAGCACCAGCAGUCGGGGAGCUCCGCAGAGCACCAGCAAUCGAGAAGUUCCGCAGAGCACCAGCAGUCGAGGAGCUCCGCAGAGCACCAGCAGUCGAGGAGUUCCGCAGAGCACCAGCAGCCGAGGAGCUCCGCAGAGCACCAGCAGCCGAGGAGUUCCGCAGAGCACCAACAGUCGAAGGGCUGCACAGAACACCAGCAGCCGAGGACCUUCGCAGAGCACCAGCAGCCGAGGAGUUGCGCAGAGCUGCAGCAGCCGAAGAGCUCCACAGAGCACCAGCAGUUGAGGAGUCCCGUGGAGCACCAGCAGUCGGUGCCUCAGCCGCCGGCGGCUCACGAGGAGCCUUCGACAGCGGCGUCUGAGCCCGUUCAGCCGUCCCUACCACCGGCAGCGGCCUCCGAGCCCGCCCAGCUGGCCCUACCGCCGGCAGCAGCGCAAAAGGGCCAGCCACUCCAGCAGGUCGGUCAGAGGGCGGCCAGAGCUGAACGCCGCAGACACCGGAGCAAUACCGCUACGGACACCGAGACCGGGCCUCCAGUGUCCGAAUGGGACAGCACCCCGCCAGGCGACGAAUGGGAGUCACCGCCCGCGACUGAAGCACCGCCUCACGUGGCGAGUGAGGCUGCCGUGGACGAAACUGUGGUGGCCGCCACCUCCGCCGGCGUGCCUCCCCUCGUAGAGCAGAGCAGACGCCAUCCUCCGGGUCUCGACCGCUCGGAGCCUGCAGUCACCGUCUAUGCAUCUACCAACGUGUCGCCCGGACCGCCCGCGGGCACGGAGCGGUCGACUCCGGGCUCUGCAGCGUGUCCUCCGAACACUGCGCUGAAGUUGACACCGGGAGCCAGCCUGCCACUGUACGUGCAGUCAGCAUCGACCGCGACCAGGUCCAGCACGGCCCUGCCGCCCGAGGGGAGCGUGUCGUCGCCACUGUCGUCGCCACUGUCUCCGCCGCCGCCCCGACCUGAGUUGCCGAGCUUCCUCUCCAACGGCAUGUACCCAGCCGCCGGGGCUCAGCCAGGGCCCUGGGGCGGGGAGUGCACCGCUCCCGGAGGGGAGCCCAACCCCGCCGUCCGUGCCGAGUCCUGGCCAUCUCACGCCGCUGCGGAGAGAAGGUCCUUGACCCCUGACCUGCGGUGUGACCUGGUGUCUGACGGGUCGAGUGAUCUCGGCCGGGAGCAGAGGUGGCGAGUGAUGGCGGACGAGCGUACCCACCCGGCCAGCCGUGGCGCGCAGGCGCCCCACGCCUCCUGUAACCUGCCACGCCUCCUGUCCCAUCUGUCGCGCCUCAUGCCCACCUGCCACGCCUCCUGCACACCUGCCACGCCUCCUGAACACCAGCCACGCCUCCUGCAACCUGCCACCUCCUGA